GUCGCCAUGUCGCGGUCCACGCUAACGUUAGCCCUCGCAUCUGCCUUCCUGGCAUCGUGCGUCCUCGCUUCCCCGGCCCAGCCAUUGAUCACGGAAGCCCCCAGCUUGGAGAAAAGAGCCACAAGCUGUACCUUUUCUGGCUCCAACGGUGCGGCCAGUGCGAGCAAGUCGCAGAAGUCUUGCUCCACCAUUAUUUUGUCAGAUGUCGCCGUCCCAUCUGGAACUACCCUCGACUUGAGCGAUCUCGAGGACGACACAACUGUCAUCUUCGAGGGCGAGACAACCUGGGGCUACAAAGAAUGGGACGGGCCUCUCCUCCAAAUCUCCGGGACAGGCAUUACCGUCAAGGGCGCUGAGGGCGCUUCGUUGAACGCCGAUGGGGCCCGGUGGUGGGACAGCCACGGUAGCAACGGCGGCAAGACAAAGCCCAAGUUCUUUUAUGCCCACGGUCUUACCUCCUCGACCAUCACCAACCUGUAUAUCGAGAAUACGCCCGUCCAGGCGGUGAGUAUCAAUGGUGCGAACGGACUGACGAUCACCGACAUGACGAUCAACAACCAAGAUGGCGACAGCUUGGGCCAUAACACCGAUGGAUUCGAUAUCGGGGAUAGUACGAACGUGGUUAUUACGGGCGCCCACGUGUACAAUCAGGACGACUGCGUCGCAGUGAACUCCGGUACCAAAAUCACCUUCAGUGGCGGUGUCUGCUCUGGUGGCCACGGUCUCUCUAUUGGCAGUGUGGGAGGCCGAAGUGACAACACUGUUGACACUGUGACGUUUGAGAACAGCGCGGUUAAGAACUCCGUCAAUGGUAUCCGUAUCAAAGCCACGUCAGGAGAGACUGGUAGCAUUAAAGGCGUCACGUAUAGUGGGAUCACUCUUGAAUCGAUCUCUAAGUACGGGAUCCUGAUCGAGCAGAACUAUGACGGGGGCGACCUCCAUGGAAACCCCACGAGCGGCAUCCCCAUCACUGACCUCACCAUCAAGAACAUCUCUGGCAGCGGCGCUGUUAGUUCUGGUGGAUAUGAUGUCGUUAUUGUAUGCGGUAGUGGUGCCUGUCCUGGCUGGACUUGGAGUGAUGUGACGGUGACUGGUGGCAAGACUUAUAGCAGCUGUCAGAACGUUCCCAAGGGCAUCUCGUGCUCUUGA